GCGGCCGGGCGGGUGCUCCUGUCAGCCGGCCGGCCCGGCGCCGAGGGACGCCGAGGGACGCCGAGGGACGCGGGGGACGCGGGGGACGCCCGAGCCGCGGCCCCGCAGACCGACGUGGGCAGGGCGCGAUGAAGAGCUUCUCCCAGUGAAAGGAAAGUAGGUCGCGGCCGCCGAAAAUGCCUUUAAGGGACAAGUACUGUCAGACUGAGCACCACCACCACGGCUGCUGCGAGCCAGUUUAUAUCCUGGAGCCUGGAGAUCCUCCUUUGUUACAGCAGCCACUACAGACAUCCAAGUCUGGUAUUCAACAAAUAAUUGAAUGCUUUCGAUCAGGAACUAAACAGCUUAAGCAUAUUUUGUUAAAAGAUGUGGACACUAUUUUUGAAUGCAAAUUAUGUCGCAGUCUCUUCAGAGGAUUACCAAAUUUAAUUACACAUAAAAAAUUCUACUGCCCACCAAGCUUACAGAUGGAUGACAACCUUCCUGAUGUAAAUGAUAAACAAAGCCAAGCCAUAAGUGAUCUCCUAGAAGCCAUCUAUCCAAAUAUGGACAAGCGAGAAUAUAUUAUUAAGCUGGAACCUAUAGAAACAAAUCAAAACGCAGUGUUUCAAUAUAUUUCAAGGACCGAUAAUCCUACUGAAGUAGCGGAGUCAAGCAGCACUGCUGAACAGACUGAAGUUCAGAUACAGGAAGCUAGCACUGAGCAGUCUAAAACAGUAGCAGUUACAGACACCGAUGUGGAAACUGAACAGCCUCCUCCGGUUGAGAUUGUUGCUGAAGAAGCCACACCUGCAGCGGAUGAGCCGCCUCCGGAAUCCUCGGCUGACGUGGAAACCUCUGACAAUUCUGAUUUCGGUCACCAGUUGAUAUGUUGUCUUUGUAGAAAAGAAUUCAAUUCUAGACGGGGUGUGCGUCGCCACAUAAGAAAAGUGCACAAGAAAAAGAUGGAGGAACUAAAAAAGUACAUUGAGACACGGAAGAAUCCAAACCAGUCCUCUAAAGGACGCGCUAAGAAUGUUCUGGUUCCAUUAAGCAGGAGUUGUCCCGUAUGUUGCAAGUCAUUUGCUACGAAAGCAAAUGUGAGAAGGCAUUUUGAUGAAGUUCAUCGAGGACUAAGGAGGGAUUCAAUUACUCCUGAUAUAGCAACAAAGCCUGGGCAACCUUUGUUCUUGGACUCUGUUUCUCCUAAAAAAUCUUUCAAGAAUCGAAAACAGAAGUCAUCUUCAAAAGCCGAGUACAAUUUAACUGCAUGCAAAUGUCUGCUUUGCAAGAGGAAAUAUAGUUCACAAAUAAUGCUUAAAAGACAUAUGCAAAUUGUCCACAAGAUAACUCUUUCUGGAACGAACUCUAAAAGAGAGAAAGGCCCUAAUAAUACUGCCAACAGUUCGGAAAUAAAAGUUAAAGUUGAACCAGCAGAUUCUACAGAAUCUACAGCCCCUCCCAUUACCCAUCCUCCACAGAAUGAAUUAAAGGGGACAAAUCACUCUACUGAAAAAAAGAACACACCGGCUGCCCAGAAAAAUAAACUGAAACAAGACUCCGACAGUGCUGCAUCGCCUAGUCCGGCGGCUACGGGCGGCCUGCAGAAAACCAGGAAGCCAAAGCUUUCAGCUGGCUUUGACUUUAAGCAACUUUACUGUAAACUCUGUAAACGUCAGUUUACUUCCAAACAAAACUUGACUAAACACAUUGAGUUGCACACAGAUGGAAAUAACAUUUAUGUGAAAUUCUACAAGUGUCCUCUUUGCACUUAUGAAACUCGUCGGAAACGUGACGUGAUACGACACAUAACUGUAGUUCAUAAAAAAUCAUCUCGCUAUCUUGGGAAAAUAACAGCCAGUUUAGAGAUCAGAGCUAUAAAAAAGCCUAUUGAUUUUGUCCUAAAUAAAGUGGCAAAAAGAGGCCCUUCAAGGGAUGAAAUGAAACAUAGCGAGUCAAAACACGAUGGCACUUCUAAUUCUCCUAGUAAAAAGUAUGACGUAGCAGACGUCGGUAUCGAAGUGAAAGUCACAAAAAACUUUUCCCUUCACAGAUGCAAUAAAUGUGGAAAGGCGUUUGCCAAAAAGACUUACCUUGAACAUCAUAAGAAAACCCAUAAGGCAAAUGCUUCCAAUUCACCCGAAGGCAACAAAGCCAAAGGCCGAAGUACAAGAUCUAAGGCUCUGGUCUGGUGAGGAACAGUUAACAGAGUUUUGCUUUCCCCUUUCCAUCGAACUAAAAAAGCGUUUGACCAUAAUUGAUAGCUGGGGUUCAUUGUCACCUGUGUGUUUCUUAGGGCAGUGGAAACUGCAAGAGUAUUGUGCGUAUUGCCUUUAGCUCUUCAGUGACCUUUAAUGCAGCGGCUUGGGGACAGAAAUUAGCCUGCCGAGCUUACCUUGCCCGGACGCUGCAGUGUAGCUGUAGGUGGACGGCACAGCCCCGGUGCUCUCCUGCUCAUGCUGUGAAGUUUAUGCAUUUUACGUUGGCUUAUGUUUACAAUAGAAGUCUUCUGUUGAACUAACUUUGCACAGGUUUAAUUUGAUUGAUUUAGUCUACUAAUGAAUGCAUUUUAGAAAAGUUAAAAUAUAUUAGGAUGACUUAAUGAGGGCAACAAUUAUAGGAAAAUAAUAUUUUGAGGCACUGUAAUUAUUGUAAAAAUUAAUCUGUGAUGGCUGAAUAAAGUUCUGUACUCAGAGAAAGAAACUAUCCCCAAGUUGAAUUUAGAAUGAUUAGUGAUUACUUUUUUACUUUAAAAAUAGUGCUUCCAGGUGAAGGAGGACAGGGGAUGCAAACAAAAGCUCUUUGGGAGGGAGUGUGUGCCUGUUACUGUACUCAGUUUAUAACUACGGAAAAAUGGUUAAUAGGUCCAGUAUUUUUUUUCCUUUCUUUUAGUGAUCACCUCAGCAGUUAUUUAAGUAGGGAAAGUCUUUUUUGAUAUUUGUAUUUUACAUGAAAAGUAAAAUACCUAUUUGUAAGAAGAAGAUACUUUCUAGGAGGCUUAGAGCAAAUUGAGAUUUCUGAAAUGCAAUAAACCAUAAUGAGUAGACUCCCUGCAGUUGUUUUGAAAGUAUGUAUUUUAAAAAUUUACCUUCAAUGCCUGUGUCCCUGACUUUAAGGCAUUUAGUGUAGUUAAUACAUACUAAUUAGUUUCAGGGUCAGGUCCUAAAGCAAAAUGCUUAGUUUGAGUGCUGAAUAGAUUAAAUGCUGCGAUUUGAUUAUCACACUUUUUUAAUUGUAUAGAAAAUUUAAUAUAAAUCUAUCCUCUUAGGAAGUCAUUUACUGUUGUAUGAUUUUAAAAGCAAGGCUUUAUUGGUAAACUCAAAAGUAUUCAUUUAUUCCCAUUUCUCCUCAGAUAACGUCAAGUGAUGUACGGAAAGGGUUGGAGUUCAUUUUUGUGGAAAGACUUUAAGUUGGUGUUAGAACCACUAAACAUCUUCACAUGGUACUAUGAGGAAACAAAGAAAAAUAUUCUCAUAAGUUCUCAACUGUAACUGCUGUUUUCUGACUAAACUCACAGCCAUCUAACCACUCGAUUCAGUGCCUGCUCCAGCACUUGGCAGUAGCCGCGACAUUAUUUGUCGUCAUCACAGGCCAUCCGCUAACCACCUUGACCUUGUGCUUUUGGUCUGCAGUUUCUACAAAUAGUUGCAAAUUUUGUUUUCCAAGCAAUUUGUUAUUAAAGGGAUCAACACCCUGAAGAAAGUACCAAUUUUUAAUUGAUAAAAGACUUCAUAUCUUAAUAAUUUCAGUUUGGGUUCACUUUAUUGGAAACAAGUUUUAUCUGGAUUGUACAUAAAUAUAUAUAUAUAUAUUAUAAUGAUUUUUUAGUAUAUGAUAGAAACAAAAGGCAAAUUAGCAUCAAUACAUUAUAAAUAUUUAGCUUACUAAAUAUUUGUAAUUUUUACAUCCAUUUAUUUCUAACUUGUUCUCUAGCACUAAAUGUUCAGAUAUUCUCUAAAAUAUUUACUACAGGAAAAAUCUAGCUCAUUCAUGAACGCUUCAUUAGAUUUUUUUUUUAUUUGUAACCAUCUGAAGAUUUUGUGGAAAUUAAACAUUCCCCAAUUUUUCUUGAAAUUUUAUACAAAGCACUUUAAUGAUAGAUGCAACUUUAUUUUUCAGUUUCUAUUUUUUUAAAAGAGCCACACCCACUUUCUAAUGUUGAUGUGGAAGUAGUGCACAGCUUGCUGGUACUUGGUGGAUGCAGACAAUCUGUGUGUAAGCACUUCUCACGAGGCGACUUUGUUCCUUUUAAUAUCGCUCAAGAAGGAAUACGAGCGGAUGAACCUUGAUUUCCUCUUCCAAGAAAUAUCUUAAGUGACCAUUUGAUAAUAUUUGAACCUGACUGUAAAAUUUAGACAAUAAUGAGUUCCUGGCAUUUUUAAAAAUCAAGACUUUAGGAAAAACAGAAGCACAUCUAUCUAUAUGAAAUUUGGGGCAAACUUCUGUGCAGUAAUAUUUUGUAUUUUUUAGGGAAUCUUAUUUUUAAGAAAUUUGUGUCAGAUUCAAAAUUUAAAAGGAACAGCAUAAAAUAUACCAUGUUUUUAUACAGGUUCACACUUGUACUUAGAAAGGACCCUGUCCACCUAGCUACUUUUUGUAUAACGUUUAAAAAUGUUGGGGAUCCACAGGUCAUAAUAAAAUGCUUUGAUAGAUGAAAAAACUUACCCUUCCCAGUGCUUUGCACUAAACAUAUACUGUGAACGGAACUAGAGAGCCUGUAACUGUUGCUGGAAAUGUUCUCUGUUGAAUGUACGUGUUCUUGUUGGGAAAAUGUUGGAAAAAUGUGAUGGAAAUAAACUAGACUCAAAGUUAUUUCAGCUAAAUGUGCUUCAAAAAGGUGCAUUGGUUGAAAUGUAAAUGUUUUAUUAUCGAAUUUAAGCUUACUCAGUGACUGUGAGCAGCUACACUUGAAUUAUAUCCUGACAGUUUUAUUUCUAAAUAAUAGAAUAAUAAUUUCUCCUUAAUUUAAAAACAGAUUUACUUUUCCACAAAUGGUAGAUUUGUACCUAUAAGCCUGACUAUAAUGACUAAUAGUAUAUUAUAUUUAGGGAACUGAAUGUGUAGGUGGUAUUUCAUUUAUAAACCAUCCUCAUUAGUUGCACAUUAUUAAACCUGUAUGUUUGACUUUUGCAAGGUGUUAUCUUUUAUGCAUUCCUGCACACAAGACAUAUUCCAAAGAUACUUUUCCAGACUUAAGUACCUGUAACCAGUGAAAAGAUAAGAGGGUUUCUAAAAAGCAGUGGGGUAGGUCUUGCUGAAUUUUCUCUUCUGCUUGUUGCCUGCUCAGCUUUACUUGCUGAAUACUGCAGGGAAGGUGGGGAGAUUGUUGAUGCUGGAGGCAGGAAGCCCACUCGCUGAAUUUCCCUGGCUCCAGCUACCCAUAUUCUACCAAACCCUUGCCAGUAUGACUGCUUUGUACUAGUUCCAGAAUUUAGAAGGGGAAAAUGAGAGUGCCACAGACUGUCAGAAAGAUUUCUCCUGGAUCAUGUAGAAAAAAUAACAGCAUGUUAGAACUUGAAUUAGAAAGGCCUGGAGAUACUGGGAACAUUUUAUCUUGAUAACCAAAUCUGUGGCUAUCACACACAGGAGCAGCAAGGGCUGAAGGGGGCAGCUUAGCAAGGCAGGACCCACUAGAAGUGCCUGUCCUCUCCUGUCGGGGCUUCAGUUUUCCUUUUUGAUUAGUGUGACUCGAGUGCUGUCAUUUCAGAGGCUCAAACCUGGGCCCUUGAGAAUAUGCCACACCUGUCAGAUGUGUUCUAAAGUAAAUGUGUGGCAUUUUGUUGUAAUGAAUAAUGAGCAGAUAAAGAAUUAAGGCUUACUUGGGGCUAUAUAAGUCAUAUCUACCUUUGUUGCCACUUUAUUGAUUAAAUUUUCCUGUAGGAUUUCAUUUUUUUUUCUAAUGAUAUCUUCAUUUGUAAAUGUGGAAGAGGAGAGAGGUGUAGCUUGUGGCUUAACUUUCUGAGUUUGGAUAGUGCAAAUGAUCUAGAGGAGACGGGUGGCUGAGGACUGGCAUUGGGCAGGUGUUCAGUUAGUGUACAUGUAGAUGU